CGCGAAAGGAUGGAUGGUUCAGUACUCAAUAGAUCCGGACGCCAAAAACCAACGUAAUUCCAUUUGACUUCCGGCAAAAGCCAGAGGCACCUGUGCGCCAAAAGCCGUUAUUUUUGUUGCAGUUGAAGAUUGAUAGAGAGAUCCAUUUUUGCACAAAAUAACGAUGCGUUCUUUCUCUCUGCAUUAACAUCAAUGAAGGAUUAAGGCUACCAGGUUAGAGAAAGCAAAGUUGAGAGAUAUGAGGGGGCCGUCACACCGUUUCCAGAGAGUAGAUGCGCAUGCUGAUUGGGUCGACGGUUCAUGGACGGUGGAUUGUGUGUGUGGGGUGACUUUCGAUGAUGGUGAAGAGAUGGUGAAUUGCGAUGAGUGUGGUGUGUGGGUUCACACACGAUGCUCUAAGUGUGUCAAAGGGGAGGAAUCGUUUGCCUGUGAUAAGUGCAAGAGCAGGAAUAAUAGGAAUAGAAUUCAUAAUGAUAGUGAAGAGACUGAGGUUGCACAAUUUUUAGUUGAGUUGCCUACAAAAACUCUGAGAUUAGAAAGUUCUUAUACUGGUCCGGGAAGGCAGCCAGUCAGGCUUUGGACUAAUAUUCCAAUGGGAAAUAGGGUACAUGUGCAAGGGAUUCCAGGUGGUGAUUCUCAGUUGUUUCAUGGACUGUCAUCGAUUUUUACACCAGAGUUGUGGAAGUGUACAGGCUAUGUGCCAAAGAAGUUUAAUUUUCAUUAUGGAGAGUUUCCAUGCUGGGAUGAGGAGGGUAACCACCUAGAGGAAGAUAAUGAGAAUGAGAAUCCAAUUGAUAAUGGGGCAGGUGUAUUAUUCUCAUUGUCAAAGGAGAACAUUGUGGAAACACCUAUGGGACCCUUGGCUGGAAUGAGGGAGAGGGAGGAAGAGGGUGGGUUUGAUAGGAAGGUGUGUUCAAAGGAGAUGAAGUGGGAAGGUGAGGGUGUACAUGUUAAGUGUUCUUGGAAUGGCAUGAAGAAAGAGAGGAGUUUGCUUCGGACUGGUUUGGUACACUCUGGGAAGCGGAAGAAAGAAGACUUUGGUGUGUCCAAAGACCGGAGUGGAAAGAAGAAAGCUGGAGUUGGUGAGAAGGAGGCAGAUGAAAGGAAGAAAACUUUACAUCCUUCUAGAACAGUGUUUAGAUCCAGCAGUGAUGCAAAACAAUUGGAAUUUUAUGAAGACAGAGGUCCGAAGUCUUCCAAGACUGACAAUCAGAUAAUAAAGAACGAGGCUGCACAGGAGGAUGUGCAUCAUGAGCCUGUAUCAGAGUAUUAUCUUGCUGAAGAUACUGGUUUUGACAGAUCCAAGAACAACUUAGGAGCUGAUGAAUACCCUGUGGAUGCCUUUUCUUCUGAUGUUUAUAGAUAUUUUCAUUCCAAUGAAGAUGGACUGAAGGAACAAAUGACCAGCCAUCAACUUCCUGGGGCAAUUAAGAGUUCUCCUGCAACUGAUGACAUUGCUGGGUCAGUUUUAGAAGACAAUGAUACUGGGAACGUUUCUGUAAAACCAGAGGGAGAUAGCAUAGCUCUUGAUAAAGUAGAUGAUGGACAUGAAGCUUCCACUAAAACUGCUCAGAAACCUCUUGUUGAAGACAUGGUUAAUGUUGGACCAGAAGUUGGGAAUAAUCAGGUCAUUGAAGAUUUAAGUGGUGCCAGCCAGAUCUCUGUAAUGCCUUAUGUUGAAGUGAAAACAGAUGUAGAUAACGAUGAUUCUAGGGGUAGCUUGAAUUUGCAGUCCUCUCUUGGUGACACUAAAGUACAAAGUAAAGCUUCUAAUGACAUGUCUGAGAACUCUAAAGUAAAUGAUCUAAGGACAACCUGUUCAAAAUCAAGUGAUCAUAAAAAGGCACAGGGUGCUGAAAGAACUUCAGAAGCAGGUAGUAAUUACCAUUCAGAUAAAGCUUAUGACAUAACUGGUGAUCCUUGUCAGAUUAGACGAGAACUAAAUGGUUUAGUUAGGCCCAUGGAAAUGCAAAAAAGUUCCCCAGAGCCCAAAUACAAAUCAGGAAGUGUCAAAGAGGAAUCAAAAUCAGAAGGGAAUAGCUUAAACUCUGCAACACUAACCAGCCAGCAGAGAAUGGUAGUAUCUGUCUGGAAAUCUUCAUCCAAUUUGUCAAAUACCGAGGCCUCCAAAUCGUCUGCUCCUGAAAACUUGAAACCUGCAGAUACUCAGAACUCUAAUCUUAAUACUAAACAAAGUGUUUCAUCUGAGAAUAAUAUUAGUAUUAAGAAAGAUCUUGCUGUUAGUGGCAUCAGCAGGGAUGAAGUAAGACAAGAUGUGUUGAGAAAAUCAGCAAAAGAGCAUUCAAAAUCCUCCAUGAAUCCUUUAUCAAAAGUGUCACACUACAGCAGGACUUUACAUGCUAAUUCCAAGCGAACCAUGUCAGACUCAAAAAAUUCUGUGCCUUUCUUAUCUUCUAAAUUGUCAUCAGGGCACAAUGUUGCUGUUGCUUCAGUGUCUAGUGAUUCCACUGGGCCAGUGCAAAGUCACUGCGGCUUACAACCACAAAAUAAAAUGUCAACAUCAGGUUUACCUGUAAAAAGUGAAAAAUUUAAUCAGUCAAAUUCUCAGACAUCACCUGAGGUGAAUUAUGCAGCAUCUAUGCAUCCUCUGGCAGCUUCAAAUGGUCCUGCUAUUCUAACUGAUGAAGAGCUUGCUUUGCUUUUGCAUCAAGAACUGAACAGCUCUCCUAGAGUGCCUCGUGUACCACGUGUGUGCCACACUGGUGGCUUGCCUCAGUUGGCUUCUCCAACUGCAAUAAGCAUAUUAAUGAAGCGUUCGUCAAGUUUUGGAGGAAAGGAUCAAAGUUUGUUUUCUAGACGAAAAAGCAAGGAUGCAUCAAAAGAUGGGUUCCGCUUAUCACAUUAUACAAGAAGAGAAGAUAAUAGAUCUCCAACAGCAUUUCCUUCUGUGAAGAAGAAUAUGCCCUCUGUCUCUAGCACAACUGCAAAUAGUGGCCCAUCUUCCUCAACUGAGGUCAACAAUCAUAAUGUUUCAUCUGUACAUUGUUCACCAAGGAAUAUCUCUGAUGAUGAUACAGGCACAAAUUGUGGUCCUGUUCAUCGCACUUUACCUGGGUUGAUCAAUGCUACCAUGAGUGAAGGCAAGAGGAUGAUUUAUGAAGAACUCUGCAAUGCUGUCCUGCCACUUUGGCCUCACUUGCGGAAGCAUAAUGGAGAGCGAUAUGCAUAUUCAAGCCAUUCACAGGCUGUUCUUCAUUGCUUGUUGAACCGACAACAAUGGGCUCGGUUGGUUGUUCGUGGUCCCAAGACUAGUUCAACUAGGAAAAGGUGCAAAUUUGAUGCUGAUGAAUCUGAGGAUAAUGAAUAUGGCAAUGGAAGAACUGGAAAGGAGGUAGAAAGUAAAAGCAUGGAGUCACAGAGGGAAGAGUUUCCCAAGGGCAAGCAGAAGGCAAGGAAGAGACAACGUCUAGCAUUACAAGGAAGGGGAAUAAAGGAUGUGCGGAGGAGACAGAAGGCAGACUUGGCCUCUGAAGAUGAUGAGGUUGAUCUGUUUUCCAAUUCCAGUGAUGAAAGCAUGUUUAGUGAGGAUGAGACCCAUGGCAGUAGUGCAUGCCCUGCAGGAAGCGAGGCUUCAGUUAGCUCAGAUGAGACAGGGACUGCAUAGUUUGGAGGAUGAACGAACUUUACUGUAAUAAGAUCUUCCUAGAUUUGGGAGGACCGUCUCAGUUGAACGGUCGAGUCUGAAAGGGCCUCUUCUGCUUGGCCAUUGGUUAUGCUGCACCAGAGAACCCAGCUACUUGUGCAUACAAAAUUGCGUGGGAUCGCAUGUUUUAUGGGACUAUUGUAAUGUCGACGGGCUUGGGUGGAUGUUUAAUUGUUGGUGCUGCCAAAUGUUAAAUUAGUGUACAUAUGAAUUUGUUGUUUUUGCAACAAUAUGGAAAUGGAAUGUAAGAUGCCGUUUUGGGUGGA